CACAUAUAUAUACAUAUAUCCUAGUUCUUCAAGCUGUAAAGUGUAACCAACAUACUUGCCAACAACAUGGAUAUGACACCAGCAUCAGCAUCAGAAACAACAACAACAACAACAACAACAACAAGUGAAGAGAUUUCUUCAAUGCACGAACCAAAAUACAGAGGUGUAAGAAAAAGAAAAUGGGGAAAAUGGGUGUCCGAAAUUCGGCUGCCAAACAGCCGAGAGAGGAUCUGGCUCGGCUCAUACGACUCAGCAGAGAAAGCGGCCAGAGCUUUCGAUGCUGCAGCAUAUUGUCUACGUGGCAGCUCGGCCAAGUUCAACUUCCCGAACCAGCCCCCCAACAUUCCUGGAGGAACGACUCUUUCUCGUGCUGGCAUACAAGCAGCCGCCGCUAGCUUUGCCAACUCAGUUGUUGUUUCUGAUGACCCUGUAGUACAGGAAACACAAACACACACCGCCACCACCACCAGCUCAUCCUCGUACAUGGUACACAAUGAAUUCAAUAAUGAGAUGGGGUACGAUAUGUUUUUGGGUUUUGAUGAUUAUUUCAUGCCAUCAACGAUGAUGUUGUCUCCUGAGUUUGCAGAGUACGAUGAGGAUAACUCAAGCGAUGGGGAUAUAUCACAAGGCCCAUCGUUCCUAUGGAACUUUUAAUAAUCAAUCUAUAUAAUAAUAUAUACAUUCAUCAAGGUGUAUAUAGAUAUUAAAGAGUCACAAUUCUGGGAUAUUUUUAGUAGCUAGAGUUGUUGAUACAAAUCUGGACCAUUUUAUUUUAGCGUACGGAUCGAGGAAAUUCAAACGUCACCAAUUAAGCUCGUUUUUAUCAUGCAUGUUUAGG